AUGUUAUCAAGGUUGAUAAAUUAUUUGAAGGCCUGUUGGUGUCGGUCAUCGGAGCGAUACGUGCACUCUGGUUCAGACACUGCCGGCCGGCAAGAUGGGCUUCUUUGGUAUAAGGACAGUGGACAGCACUUGCUUGGUGAAUUCUCGAUGGCUGUUGUCCAGGCUAACAAUUUGCUCGAGGAUCAAAGCCAGGUUGAGUCUGGUUCCUUGAGCUUGCUUGAUUCUGGCCCAUAUGGAACCUUUGUUGGUGUAUACGAUGGUCAUGGUGGCCUGAGACUUCCCGCUACAUCAAUAACCAUCUUUUUCAGCAUCUCAAGAAUGGCUGCUGUUGGUUCUUGUUGCCUAGUUGGUGUGAUCUGUGGAGGGACCCUUUACAUCGCCAAUCUUGGUGAUUCCCGUGCUGUUUUGGGGAGACUUGUCAAGGCAACUGGGGAGGUCCUUGCGAUACAGUUGUCAACAGAGCAUAAUGUGAGCAUAGAGUCUGUCAGACAGGAGUUGCAUUCUUUGCAUCCGGAUGACUCGCAGAUAGUAGUCUUAAAGCAUAAUGUAUGGCGUGUAAGGGGCCUGAUACAGCAAUCCUCCUUAAACUGUGUCAUUGGAUCCUGGGUUGAAGGGAAGAGUUCCAACAACUGUGUUCAUUGUCCUACUUAG